GUAUCAACCCAUCACCGUCAAGCACUACAGUUAUAGUCCUAUCCUGUUUAUAAUACCCUCUGUACUCGGCAAGCUUUGUCUGCAAGUUAAGCCGCUAGUCGUUGCACAGGAUGCCUGCGAAAGUGCUCUUGAACGGUUGCGGGAGGAUAGGUCGCCUUGCGUUCCGGUUAGCAUGGGCGCAGCACGACGUUUUCCAGUUCGUUCAUCUGAAUGACAUCACUGCCAUUGAUUCCGUGGCCUACCUUUUGAAGUACGAUUCAGUUCACGGCACGUGGGGCCCAGAAGUUUCCGUGGAUGGCAACUGCAUCGUCGUCCGGGAGGGCGACCGAGAGGAGCGCAUACCCUACACCAACUCCAACACCAUUACAAACAUCUCGCUCGCGGAGGGCGUCUCUGUUGACAUGGUGUUCGAGUGCACCGGCGUCUUCCUCACUCGCGCCAAAUUGGCGCCCUACUUUGAGCAGAUGGGGGCCAAAAAGGUGGUGGUUUCGGCGCCGGUGAAGGACACGCCCGCCGUACUGAACGUGGUCAUGGGCUGCAACGAGUCCCUGUACGAUCCCGCUGCCGACCACAUCGUCACCGCCGCCUCCUGCACCACCAACUGCCUGGCGCCCGUGGUCAAGGUGGUUCACGAGAAGCUGGGCAUUGCGCGCGGCUGCAUCACCACCAUCCACAACCUCACCAACACGCAGACCCUGGUGGAUGCGCCCAACGCCAAGAAGGCGGAUCUGCGCCGAGCCAGGUCGGGGCUGGUGAACCUGGCGCCCACCUCCACGGGCAGCGCCACCGCCAUCGCACUCAUCUUCCCGGAGCUCAAGGGCAAGCUGAACGGCCUGGCGGUGCGGGUGCCGCUGACCAACGCCUCCAUCACCGACUGCGUGUUCGAGCUGCAGCGGCCCACAACGGAGGAGGAGGUCAACCGGCUGCUCAAGGAGGCGAGCGAGACGUACCUGAAGGGCAUCCUGGGCUUUGACGAGGUGCCCAAGGUCAGCACCGACUACGUGAACGACUCGCGCAGCUCCAUCGUGGACGCGGCUUGCACCCAGGUCAUUGACGGCACCAUGGUCAAGAUCUACGCCUGGUACGACAACGAGUGGGGCUACAGCUGCCGCAUGGUGGACCUGGCCAAGUACGUGGCGGAACGGAUGUGAGGCUGCGGAGCUGGGGCGGGGUAAGGAGAGGAGCCGCUAACAAAACCACUACUGUUCCAAUCAAAGGGGUUGCUACAGAUGUGCACGUUGGCCAUGAAACCCAGAGGUGGUGCACCCUGGUGUGCUGCAGACCACACUCGAGCGGGUCGCCUGUCUUACUUAUUCAAUAUGGUUGUGCAGUGGUGAUGGCUGAUGAUAGGCAGUAGCAGCUGCUGGUAAGGCGGAGUGUGCGUGUAUCUGUCCGGCUGCAUGGCGGGACAUAACGGGUGAGCGGUUGUGGGGCCCACAUCGCCGUAAUGCUGGUGAUUGGGGCAAGCGAUGAGGGCAGCUGCAACAGGGUAGCCGACAUCGUGCCGGUACCUGCAGCAGCGCGAUUUCAAGACGAGAACCAUUAAAGGAAUGUGUCGGCCUUUUCGGGGCCGGCUCCAGCGCCCACCACACUUCCCACUCGUGUUGAGCAGCAG